AUGAAACUGAAGGAUGAAGAUGGCGACAUAGUGCAAGAAAUUAGCUGCAAAUCAGUGAUUGGUCAUGCUGCGGUGUACUCAAAGCGGGGCGUUUUCGUUGUAGAUAAUGCAACAGACGGCUUUACAUUAUAUCGCCUUGAAGGUGAUGGUGAGCCUCUUCGAACGUUUGCAACUGGUUUGCCAAGUGUAUCGGUCCCGAAGCAAGUGGCAUUUGGGGAAGAAGGCAAGGUAGUUGUGGGAGGAAGUGACCAUGGGCUAGUAUACAUAUUUGAUCGGAAGACAGGGGAGACACUUGAAACCCUCCACCACGCGGACACUGGCCUUGUGCAAACAAUAUCCGCACGCGAUCUCAAUGGCCGCUGCACAAUUGCCAGCACUUCGCCCGUGCUAGGGCGCGGGAAAACUACAAUCAAGAUAUGGGUGUACGACUACGCCGUGCCGAAGGUAUCCAAGGCGCCCUCAGGGGAUUACUGGUCCCUGUCGCACAUACUGGUGAUGUUGACACGACUACUGGCACUGCUAUCUAUGAGCGUCUUCCUGCUGAUAAAUUAUAGAGACAGCUUUUUGGAUAGCACACUGAACCAUGUACAUGGGUACAUGACUUCGGCAACAAUGAUUAAUGUGGCCGAUGACUUUUCACAGCGUGUCCAAGCUGCCAUGAUAUUUGACGAGUAUGUAGAUAUCCAGAAGGACAAGGAAGGGCCGACCGAAGGAUACGUCAAAAAUGACAUCGUGAUGCUUCGGGAAUUAGCGGCAAAGAUCCUGGAGCUAGCUCAAGAAGCGGACAGAGAGAUCGACAAAGAUGACCAUAGGGGCAAGCGCGAUACUGAUUACCCGCAAGCAGCGAAAGGAGAUGAAGAGGCGAAGGACCUAUCUCCCGUCCAGUACAUGUAG